GUUCUGCUCUGUGUAUUUGGAGGACGAUAGGACCCAGAGGAAUCCCGAACGUAACAAUGUCAUGCAGGAACUGCAAUGUAAGCUCGAUGCCGUGCACAGCAACCACAGCUUAUGGUACAGAACUGAUGCCUCACAGAUGGAAACAGAAUCAGAAAGCUCAGGGAGGCUGGCAGGCAGAGUGACAGUGUAUACGAUCGUGGGCUGCGCGCACUGUCUGCGAGCUAAAUCCCGUCUAAAGGAGUUGGGUCUCCCGUUCUGCGAGGUGGAUGUGAACGAGCACAGUGCUGUGGGGCAGAAGAUCAGAGAGCUCACUGGUAGCAGCAGCGUACCGCAGAUAUAUUUUAAUAACAUACACGUCGGAGGCAACGACGACUUCCAGAAACUGCCACCAGAGGAGCUCCAGAGGCUGAUAAAUAUAGUAAAAGUAGAUCCUUUGUUAUUAGACGCACCUCCACUGCAGGUCGAAGGAAGCAAAGAGCAUGAAGGAGACCACAAAGAAGGGGCUGCUGAACUGUCCGAAGCAUUGCGACGCUUGAUUCUUAAGAUGUAUGCAGACCACCUCUCAGCUGAUGGCAAGUUUGUAGAUUAUAAGGCCAUGGCCAAAAGCCAGGCGUUUGAGAAGUAUUGCGAACUGGCUAUUCAGCUGCAACGCGUAGAACUGGAGAUUAUGAGCAGGGAGGAGAAGCUGGCUUUCUUUAUUAACAUCUACAACACCCUGGUCAUCCACGGACACAUGAAGAUGGGCUCUCCGAAGAACAUGUGGCAGAGGUACAGAUUUUUUAAUUAUGUAAGUUACCUGAUUGGAGGAGCAGUGUUUACACUUCAAGACAUUGAAAAUGGGAUUCUUCGAGGGAACAGGAAAGGUGUUGCCCAGUUGAUGAGACCAUUCUCUAAGGGAGAUCCUCGCCUUCAGAUUGCUCUCCCCGAUGCCGAACCGCUAAUUCACUUUGCUUUAAACUGUGGUGCAAAGGGGUGCCCUCCUAUUAAAACCUAUACAGCUAAGAAUAUUGACAAUGAGCUCAGGACAGCAGCAGAGGCUUUUCUGGAAAACGACGGUGGCUGCCAAAUAAAUACUGCAAAGGGAGAAGUCCAGCUGAGUCAGAUCUUCAAAUGGUACAAGGUCGAUUUCGGGGACACAGAUGAGAAGUUGUUACAGUGGAUCUUGAAUCACAUGGGAAAUUCUCCAAAGAAAAAGGAACUGGAUGCCCUUCUACAGGCAGCUAGCUACACAGUUGUCUAUCUACCGUACGACUGGUCUACUAACGGAAAGGACUGAAAAGAAACACAGCAUGUAACAUCAGCUCUGAAUGCAGAUAUAUGGCCAACAACUAUAUUCCUCGUGCAUGGUAGCGUUGGGUGGCAGCAGAACACUCUGAGAAGCAUAAGGAAGAACAAUUAAGAAAAACAAAACAAAACAAAAAAACACCUGGCAAGCCAUACAGACUGUAGAAUAUGCACACAGAUAUAAAACUCCUGAAUUCAGGGUCAGUGUUCUAUUUUGUUAAGACAACAAAUCUAUUUUUAGGGAUUCUGUAUGUGAAAUAAAUAUAUAACUCUUUCACUCUUCAAAAUACUGUAACUGCAACACAAAUCGCCUCUUUAGACCAUUCUAUCAGUAGCUAGCGGGCCUGCUUUCCAGAUGCCAUCAAGAUGAUGUCAAACCUCUUUUAAACUCGCCCCCUUCCUUGUUUGUUUAUGGUCUUUUUGACUCAGGAAAGAACUUUCUAAUGCGUUUGUCUUCGGUCAGCAGGUUUAAAAAACAAAAGCAAAAGUUUGUCUUGCUUUGGCAAAUGCGUUACUUCCAGGGUCACUGUAGAAAAAUAUAAUUCUUCUGGCACAGAUAAGGAAGGUACUUGGUUAAAAGUGAUACUAGUGCUACUGCAAGCAUGUUCAUUGGCAUGUAUUUAUUGGUUUCAUCUGUGCCCAUUGCACGUUUUAUUAUGUCGAGCACCCUGUUCGGAUCUUUAGCCUGUUCCAUGAUAGUGCCUUCUUAUUGAUCUGCAUGACAGCUAAUACCUCAAUGAUAUAACCCUAAACUGAUAUAACUACUUUAGUUUGCUAGACCAGUGUUGUUAGAGUCUACAUUGUAUGGAGGAUUUGUUGGAUGUUUCUGUGUUGAUGCAUUUAAUUACUUUUAGAGAAAGAUUUGUACACUUUUCAAGUUUUACGUAUAAACAGCUGAUAUUUUGUCUUCCAAAUCAGAUACAACCGUCUGGCCGUUCAGAAAUAUAGCACAACUGAACUGAGUUUUAGACCCUGAGCUUUAUGCAUGUCUUUUUAAACUUAAUUUUAAUUUUUAAUGUAAAAUAUUUUAUUUCACCUGAAUGCCACCUUUGUGACUGAGCCUAACAUAUUUAAAAUUUAGCUAAUUGUCUAAAAGCUACAGCAUCUACUCAUUUUUAUUCCAUAUAAAUAUUAAUCUCAUAAGGAUUAGUAAAUUAAGUUGAUUUGAGGUAGCCUAUUGACUAGAAAAUCGAUUUUUCUAAUUAGAAAUGUUUAAAAAUGUUUAAAAUGUAAUAAUCUUAAAACUAUGGCAGAUCUUAAUAUAGUCGGCGUUGCAUAAUCGGGAUACUGAUAAUCAUGAUUUCUGCUUAAAUGAGAUACAACUCUGGGGGGCGGUUCUUCCCAAUUUUAUUUAUGUCGUUUAAUUGGGAUGUAGUAUUUUCAAAUGAACGGAGCUCAUUUUUCAGAGCAAGAGUGGUUCGCAUAGAACAGGGCAGCAAGUAUGUGGUUAAACCAGCUUGAACUCUUGAAGGAGCUGGAGUCUUGGUGGUUUCUCAGGCUGCUGUUGCAAAGAACUUGGCGUGUCAACAUCACAGGUGGCCUUGCCUUGUGAUAAGAUAUGUCAUUCUUUUUAAUGCCACAUAGAAAUAAACAGCAAUUCAUUUUGUUUAGGAAUAAAAAUCUGUAUUUAACAUUGAAUUGUAAUGUGAUGUGAUUUAAUUAUUUUUCUAAGUGUGACUGAGGUUGUCUCAAAUGCCUCUUGUUUAAUUGGGACAGCCAAGGUGUCCUGAUAAAGUGGCGCCAACUGUACCAACGCCCCCCAACAAUCAUAAACUGACUCGUUGUAAUACUUCUUUCCACCAAAUUUUAGUUUUUUUUUUCUUUUUUAAUUAUGAGGGCAGUAAUAAUGAGAUCUACUGAUGUCUGAAUAAUUAAAUGUACCUUAACGUUUUACUUGUUUCAGUUAUAAUACUCCAGGCAUGCAGUUUAGUAUAUUAUUUACACAUCUGUAAACUCUUAAGCAAUAUACAGUAUAUGAUGCUUUUUCAAUUGUAGUGUGUGUG